CCUCCCUAUAAGAACCACCUCACCUCACCUCAGAUCCCAUCCCCCACAACCAUCCGUCAACACAGCAAGCAACCUCAGCCACACCGCAACUUCUUCAUCAUCACCAUCAACAGCAACACCAAGAAGCGGAUCGAGGAGCAAACAGAGAGAGAUGGCCAUGGCAGCGUCCGCGGAGAGCAAGAGCCGGAGGUUCGCGCUGGCGUGCGGCGUGCUCAGCCAGUACGUCAAGGCGGAGCAGAAGCUGUCGCAGUCGGCGGCUGCCCCGCGCGCGCCUGUCACCACGACGCUCAGCCUCAUGCCCGGCGCGGACGUCGCACAGGAGCAGGAGCAGGCAUCGACGACGGAGCAGGCGCAGGCGCCGCUGACCAUCUUCUACGGCGGCCGGAUGGUCGUGUUCGAGGACUUCCCGGCCGAGAAGGCGGCCGAGGUGAUGCGCAUGGCCGCCACCGCCGGCGCCGCUCCUGCCCCAGUCUCUGUGGCCCCGGCGCUCGGCGCGGACAUGCCCAUCAUGCGCAAGGCCUCGCUGCAGCGCUUCUUCGAGAAGCGCAAGGACCGCCUCGGCGCGCGCCAGGCGGCGGCGCCCUACGCCCGGCCCGCGGCUGCCGCGGCCAAGGACUCAUCGGACAAGUCGUCCUCUGCAUCCUCCUCCUCGUGGCUCGGGCUGGCCAGCACGGAGGACGCCCGCCUCGCCUUCGCCCUCUGAAUUAAGCCUGAUCCUUGUAGAGCACCGCUUUUCUAAUGUAUUAUUCUUUGGAGGGAAUGGAUGAUUAAGAUUGGAACCAUCAUCAUAAUUAAGCUAAGCUUCUUUUUUGUUUGCUUGACAAA